UUGUAAGUAACAUUCUGUUGCCUUCAAAAAUACCUCUCGCUCCAAAUUAUGGUGACAAUUUCGAGAAAUUCACAAUUGUUCUCACCGUUAUGUACUUAUAGAGCUAAAAUAAUGGCGUAGCAAAGCAAGUUCAGCAUUUUAGAACCGUUAGAGUACCUUAGGAAGGAACCUACAGUCGCCGUUGUCUUGUCAAUCAACUAAAAAGCAUCAAAUGGGUGGUGGGUGCAGCGCACCUAGUGUAUCAUCUUCCACAGGUGUCCUACCUGAAGAUGAAGUUCCCGUCUUUAAGGUGGUCCUUAUAGGGGACCCUGAGGUGGGGAAAUCCAGCGUGUUCCUGCGUUAUACCAAGAACCAGUUUGACUACAGCUACCAGCCUACUACAUCUGUUAACAUUGCGAAUGUAGUGCGUAAGGUGAACGUCCCCGACCAUGUGGUGGUGUCUGUCACACUGUGGGACCUGCCUGGCCGCGAGGACGUUGACCUCAGGAGGAGCUACUACAAGGACAUUGACGCUGCAAUAGUUGUAGUUGACCUAAUGGACAAACAGUCCAUAGAACUGGCAGGGUCCUGGAAACAAGACAUCUUAAACAACACCUUACUGACUCAAGACGUCUCGGAGUCGUCUUCAGAUGGGAAAGAGAACACCUCACCCAACAAGGCCAGGAACGUCCCUGUACUGUUGUUGGGGAACAAGUAUGAUCAGAUCCUGAAACGUGAGCGAGAAAAGGCGGAUCAUGAAGGUGAGGUUGACGUGGUUAAAGACUCGCCAGCGGAGGUACAGGAGCUGGAGAGGGUGGCAGAACUGCACGGCUUUGUGGGCAGUGUGUUGGUGUCAGCGAAGGAGUCAGAUAACUCGGUCCACAGAGCCAUGCAGUCUCUAGUAAGGCAUCUCCUGGAGAGGAAACUACAGCAGAAACUUGCUAAGAAGAAAGGAGGCAACAAACAAAGCCAGAGGAAGAAAAGGAAAGCCAGUCAAGACACAGAUAGUUUUGCAACACUAGAAGAGGUUGGAUUGGAGGAGAUCGACGACUUGCUCCACCAGUGUAACCCACCUCUGAAGAAGCUGACCCAGUGCAGCAGUGCCUUGGAGAAAUCGCUGGACCAGUUCAGGAGGACCUGCGUUCAGACAGGCAUGGUUACCGCUGCCACGGCCAGCCUGGAGGACUGUAUCUGUGGUGUCAGGGACAAACUGGGGGAGGGCAACAGUCUGGAGGCUGUAGACGAUGGAGGAUUUCUCCAGCUGGUAGUGAGGGGGGAGGGGGAGGUUCUAGAGGAGGUCACAGAAACUCUACAGGUGUUCAACACACAGGUGGUAGUGUCCAGUAAGGCUGUACUGCAGCACUGCCCUGCGGCCAGCACCAUGCUCACAGACCUGGACACAAAGGUCUCAGCCAAGGCUGAUGCAAUCUGGGACACAGCAAAGCAGGCUGGGAAGACCGCAAGGGAGGUGAAACAAGCGCAGGCCACGAUCACUCGCAACAGGGCGUGCAUCGCGCAAGCACGGACCGGCGGCGCUCAGAGCCUGAAAACCGUGGACAGUUCGUACCAGAAGAUAAAGGCGGCUCUUUUGUGGUGACAACCAUUUACGCGGGGUUCAUAGCGUUCAAGAGGUCAUAGACAGGCUAAUACGGGCAUUUGGGGCAGUCCAUUAGUAAAAAGGGAGAUGUACGUCCUUGUAGGUAAAUUUUAUACUAUAUUUUGAAUAUAUGAGGAUACUUUUUCGAUCAGUUUUGAUGACAACACAUGAUGUUACAUUCCGCCCAUCAAACCAUUCUGACUGUGAGACCUCUUGUAAACUAAAGUAUGUAUAAUAGUUUUGUUCCAACUUUUAGAGAUUUACACGAAGCUCUGCAAACCAAGAAGAUUACAUUUUAUAGCGGUCACUUGUGGUCAGUCUUGGAAAUAUAUACCACCGUGGCAGUGGUAAGGUGUUCUACAGAAAUUUUAGAUAAAGAAUAUAUAUUGUAAGACUGUAAAUGAUUUAUCUUCAAGGUGUUACUUUAUAACCUCUGUAUCUAUGCAAAUCUAGUCUGUUUAUGUAUUAAGAAUAAUAUACAAUUCAGGGAAUGUAUGUAUCUCUGUUUGGGUGUUUGGGUGCUGUGUUUUUCGUUGUAUUAUUUUGCUUUAUAGUUGUAAAUAUUCGACAUACAUGUAGCAAAGUACAAUCAUGGAAUAUAUAUCGUUGACUAUGCACAAGAAAUACGCACAGAAAAUAUUUUAUGGCACUUAUGCACAUUAAGACUUUAAGAGAAUCAUUUUGAACUUAUUUUUGGCAAUGCCAUCGGGGACACAUUUUAAUUUUUGCCCAAUACAUGUAGUUUCAAAUGGAAAGCCUGUUACAAGUGGUCUUUACAAGCUUAUGUGUUACUUUUCCCCCAAUGUAAGGAAAUGUUUUGUAUCUUUGCAAAAGAAAAAAUCAUAAUAAGAUGUAUUGAUGCCUUAACAGUUUGUUUACCAUAUUCAUGAUGUUGUAAACAGAUGCAUAAAUAGAUACAUUUGUAAUAACAAAACAAAGGUACAAUCGUAGCAAAAUUUCAUAAUGUGCCAUUUUAAUGGGACUGUAUGCAAUGUACAUUUGCCUAUGUAAGACAAUCGAUGCAAGAGAGAUUUUUAAGUAGUGAACAUUUGGUUUUAUGUAUCUUGAAUGAUACUGUGUAUAGCAUGGAAUUACUGUCGGCAAUACAUGCCAGGAGAGGAACUAUGAUAGCAAGUCAUGCAAUAAAGUGACUUUCCAUGGAAGUCUCAUA